AUGGCGCUAAACUACAACCUUUGGCUUGUGAUCACUUCUUUCCUCCCAACAAACCCAUCUGCUGUCCCCACUACCCCAUCACCUCCUCUGUACACAGUAGUCAUGUCCCCAAAAGUAGGCUGGGUGUUGGUGAUGGUCUCCUCCGUCUACAGUGCCUUUCUGCCUCUGAUCACCACCAUAAAGAUUUUUAUUUCAUCCUUCUGUGGCCAUAAUGUCACUAGUCAUUUCUACUGUGACUGUCUUCCUUUGUUAACUUUGGUGUGCUCAGGCACCCAUGAUAUGGAGUUGAUGAUACUGAUCUUUUCAGCAUUUAAUUUGGUUUCAUCUCUUCUUAUAGUCCUUGUGUCCUACAUACUGAUCCUCAAGGCCAUCCUCACCAUAAAAUCUGUGGAAGGCAGGUGCAAGGCAGUCUCCACCUGUGGCUCUCAUGUGACUGUGGUAGUUAUACUAUCUGGGACGCUAUUCUUUGUGUAUUUGCAACCCAAGUCCAGCCACUCCUUUGAAAAUGAUAAAAUGGCCUCUGUGUUUUAUACUUUGAUAAUCCCCAUGCUGAAUACCCUGAUCUACAGUUUAAGGAACAAAGAAGAAAAAGGUGCCCUGCAGAGAAUUGGGGGAGCUCUGUGCAACUCCCCUACAUAG